GGGUCGGGGCAGCCGAUGUCCCACCGCGGGCCUCCCGCCUCCAGCCCUAGACCCCCAGGCCGCAGCACCGGGUCCCCCACCCUCAGCCCCAGGUCCUUGCUCGCGGACCCACGUGCGAGGGCGGGGCGCAUGCGCGGGGGCGGGCCGUGCGCGCGGGGCGGGGCGAGGCGCAUGCGUGGGGCGGGGCGUGCGCGCGGGGCGGGGCGCUUGCGUGCGGGGCGCGCGUGCGCACUGGCUGCAUUGCUGCUCGGCGGGCCGGCGCCGCGGUCCCGGCGGCCGUGGGCGCGGGGCGGCCAUGGGGCGGCGGGCGGCCGCGGCGCCGGGGCCCGGCUAGCGACGGUGAGCGGCGGCGGGGCGGCGUGGCCCGCGGGCUCGAUCCAGAGAGGGGACGGCCCCGCAAGCGCCCAGGGCAGCGAACGGCAUCAGUGUUUUUCUGAUCGGAGUCCUUGUUUACCGACUGUGGAAACGGAACACGAGAAAGUCAACAUGAGUAAGGCACAGAGCGCAGAUCCGGCCUCAUACCGCUGCUCCGCAUGCCAUGGGGACGAGGACUGGGGGCCCAACCACCCCAUCCGGGGCCGGGCCAAGUCCCGCAGCCUGUCUGCCUCACCCGCCCUGGCGAGCACCAAAGAGUUCAGGAGGACUCGCUCUCUGCAUGGGCCGUGCCCGGUGACCACGUUUGGACCAAAGGCCUGUGUGCUGCAGAACCCCCAGACCAUCAUGCACAUCCAGGACCCUGCCAGCCAGCGGCUGACGUGGAACAAGUCCCCGAAGAGUGUUCUCGUUGUCAAGAAGAUCCGGGACGCCAGCCUACUGCGACCCUUCAAGGAGCUGUGCGUGUAUCUGAUGGAGGAGAACAACAUGAUUGUGUAUGUGGAGAAGAAAGUUCUGGAAGACCCUGCCAUAGUGAGCGAUGACAACUUCGGACCAGUCAAGAAGAAGUUCUGCACCUUCAGAGAAGAUUAUGAUGACAUUUCUAAUCAGAUCGAUUUCAUCAUAUGCCUGGGAGGGGAUGGGACCCUGCUGUAUGCGUCCUCGCUGUUCCAGGGCAGCGUGCCUCCAGUCAUGGCGUUCCACCUGGGUUCCCUGGGCUUCCUGACCCCCUUCAACUUUGAGAACUUUCAGUCCCAAGUUACUCAGGUGAUACAGGGGAAUGCAGCCGUAGUUCUUCGGAGCCGGCUGAAGGUCAGGGUCGUGAAGGAACUCAGAGGGAAGAAGACUGCAGUGCCCAACGGGGUCAGCGAGAACGGCGUGCUGCCCGCGGACCUGGACGCGGAGGUCGGGAAGCAGGUCAUGCAGUACCAGGUCCUGAACGAGGUGGUGAUUGACAGAGGCCCCUCCUCAUACCUGUCCAACGUGGAUGUCUACCUGGACGGGCACCUCAUCACCACGGUGCAGGGUGACGGGGUGAUCGUCUCCACCCCGACGGGCAGCACAGCGUAUGCGGCCGCCGCCGGGGCCUCCAUGAUCCACCCCAACGUGCCAGCCAUCAUGAUCACACCCAUCUGCCCCCACUCGCUGUCAUUCCGGCCUAUCGUGGUCCCUGCGGGGGUCGAGCUGAAGAUCAUGCUGUCGCCAGAAGCAAGGAACACUGCAUGGGUGUCCUUCGACGGACGAAAGAGACAGGAGAUCCGCCAUGGGGACAGCAUCAGCAUCACUACCUCUUGCUACCCGCUCCCCUCCAUCUGCGUCCGAGACCCCGUGAGCGACUGGUUCGAGAGUCUGGCGCAGUGUCUCCACUGGAAUGUGCGGAAGAAGCAGGCACACUUCACGGAGGAGGAGGAGGAGGAGGGAGGGGGCGGGGGAGGGGGAGGAGGAAGAGGGGGAGGGCUAGGCCUGAGCUCCUGCUGUCCACACUAGGGACCCCAGAGACCCGAAGCUGCUCCGCUGCCUCGUUCCCACUUGCCCUCCGGGAGCAGGCUGACCUGAGCACAUGCGCUGUGAGCCCCGAGCAGGCAUCAGAAGUCACAGCACUUUCUUUUGUAGCGGGGGGGGGGGGGGGGGGGGGGGGAGCCAGGAAUCUGCCUUUUGUCAACCAGAUCAGCCAUUUUUAACAUUUUAAAUCUGACGUCUUUUUGCAUUUCUAAACAAGAAAAGUGAGUGCUGGUGAGGGCUCGGAAGUCCACACCGGGGCGGUGCGCCCCCGUGCGGUCCCUCAGAGCCUGAUCCCAGGGCGGGGACCCCAGAGGGGGAUGUGCUCCUCCAUGAUUCCUUGUCAGGAAGCUCGUGCUUCAGUCAGUCUGUUGAAAUUCAGAGGGGAUCAGAACGGCUUGAUCUGUCUUUACUUGUCGAAAAUAAAUGCCUUGUAGCCAAAAAUCUUCCUUUAGCUACCACGAUUUUCCCCUUAAAUCCUGCACCUUUUCCCCUAAAAGGACUCGAAGGGGACGCUUCUGUAGAGAGCAGUUUGGUGUUUGAUUGGCUGAUACGUGGAGGGUCCCCUCCUUCCUGCCCCGCACCUGCACCUCCUCUGGGCGCACCUUCCUGCCUUGGUCUCCAGGCCCUCCCCUCCCCCACUGCUGUGGUGUGCGAGCCCAGCGGUGGCCCGGUGGGAGGUCAGACCCAUGCACAUUCCUCACCAAGCAGGGGCGGCCCCCUCUGCACCCUGGAAGGUAUUUUAAGUCCUGUGUACACUUUGUAGAGAUCAUUUUAAGCUUUUUGAACUGCUUAUGUACAGAUUUUAUUGUACACACUUUGAAGAUGACAGAGGGAGCGGGAUUUGUACUGUUACGAAAUGGAGCCUUGCUCCAAUGUUUACACGUGUUCUGUGUGGCACUGUGUGCUGGGACCACUCUGUUCAGUGUGCUUACCGUGGGGGUGACGGCCCGCGGGGUGAGAGGGUGCUUCUCAGUUAGUAAGCCGUGGUACUUGGACUGCAGCUAGAAGAUGGGGACGCAUUGCUUAGUGAGGAAAGAGGUGGUUGGGGACGUUUUGUGUUGAUUCUGCUCUUGCUUCUCCCCGUGGGUCUUGGGCUCGCGAGGAAGCUCCCAUCAUUCCAGCGGUCGCUCCACUGCCCACAGGCUGUGUAGGGCGUGUGCACGUGUGCUUGCCACAUGGGACCCAGAACCUGUGUGGUCUGGUGGGAGCCGUGGCUCGGUGCAUGUGGCUUUGGCCCGUGGUUAUCGUUGCUGACCGACGUCCUGCACUGGGUAUCUGUUUCUGAGUAGCUGCUGUCUCUUAGAGCUGCAAUUUUUAUCUAUUGAAUCAGCAAGAAUAGAAGGGACAGAAACGGCCCUUUUUUCCUGGACCCGCUUCUGGGGUGACAGGGACGGUCCUGUGCUUUGUCUUGUGGAGGGUCACGUGCCUCAUUCUUGGGCUGAUAGAAAGGCUGGGGGCCCGCGCGGGCAGCCACCCUCAGCCAGGGGCCUCCAUAGAGCAGGCUUUGCGGCCUGAGCGUGGCCUCCCACAUCCAUACUUUGGGGCUUCUGGCCCUCAGGGUGGUUCUUGGCUGAUGGCCUGGAGUUGGAAAGGGAGGGGCCCACAUGGCCAUCCUGCGGGGGCGAGACGUGGUUAGGGGGUUGCUGCCCAGGCUCCCUUGGGCUGAGAGGGGCCCCAACCAAAACUCCCAGCUUUAGGUCCAAAGACAGUGGCAUUUGGGAUUUGGGUCACUGGUUUAGACAAAAAAAAAAAACAAAAAAAAAAACAAGUAUUAACCAAGUCCAAAAGCAGCAUGAUUUGGAAUGAUCUAGAAAACUUUGGAUUUUUUGAAAUAAAUUCUUAAUGUUUCAUAUUGUUAAUAUCUCGAAAAUUUGUUAGAUGUCGUUGAAAGCCUUAUUACACUAUUUUCAGAUCCUUUCAAUAAACAGACUUGUUUAAAAACUUG